AUGCUCGCCGAAACAACCGACCACGACUCUCCUGCACCAAUUGCUAUCGUAGCCGCCCCAGUUCGACCACCAGCCAAAAAGCGCAAACGCGAUCCCGCUCACUCCGCCACGGCCACUCCCGCCCCCGACGAAGACGAAUCCGCCGGCGCCGUCCUAGUCUCCGACCUCUCGCAACGCCCGCGUCUCACAAUAUCCCGUCACCCGGGCUUCCUGCCAAAUACGGAUGGUUCACCGUAUUAUCAUACGGACCCGCUCGCUACGAACCGUCUAGGCUUUCGAUACGUCCCCGCCGGCGUCUCUUCUCCCACCGUAUUCCGCACCAUCGAGUCUUCGCCUACGUCCUACCGCGUAUCGUGGGAAGACCGGUCUUCCGGCUUACGAGUGACGCAAGAUGGUUUGGGCCUGCUAGGCGAGAAAGGCUUCCGCGGUGCAAGGUGCAAUGCGCCAAUUCGGGAAGGAAAAUGGUACAUGGAGGUCAAGAUCGAACAUGGAGGCGGGGCGCGCACACCCGAUAGCACUGCGUCCGAGGGCGCUCACGUGCGGCUGGGGUGGGCGAGGAGGGAAGCACCAUUACACGCACCCUGUGGGCUGGACGGAUACUCCUACGCUCUUCGCGACAAGACUGGGGAGAAAGUGACGCUCAGCCGUCCGCGUCCUUAUGGUCUACCCGUCAAAUCAGGCGACGUCGUAGGGAUGUAUAUCUCCCUCCCACCUCUACGCAAGCCGUCUACGGUAGACCAAAACGAUCCUGCCCAUCUCCAUCGCGAACGCAUCGCCAUUGAGUUCAAAGGACAGGAGUACUUUGAAGCGCUCGAGUAUCCGCAGUCCAAGGAGAUGAUUGCGCUUAUGGACAAUAAACCGAAGAACGACUCUGCUCCUUCGACCGCACCUGGGGCGAAGAAGUCCGCAACGGUCAAGAACAUUCCGUCUACAUCCCGCGGGACCGCACCACCCCCUAAAACCGAGGCACUCCGCCCUUUGCCUACGCUCGAGGGCAGUCAGAUAGCGUUCUUCGUCAACGGACACACACCCGGCGCCGCGUUCAAGGAUGUGUAUGACUUUCUGCCGUUGAGGCAGGCUGGGGCGGGUAACAAGUUGUCGAGGGCGGAGAAGGAUAGGAGAAGGAGGCAGAGGGAGGGUGCAAGAGGACAUAGGCAGAAUCCACACGAUGACGGCUCGCUCGGCUACUAUCCUUUCAUCUCGCUGUUCAACGACGCGAGGGUACGGAUCAACCCUGGACCUGAUUUUGAGUUUGCCCCUCCGCCUGACGUCGAUGCGGCCUUGGGUGGUAGGGAGGGGGAGGAAGAGAGGACAUGGAGACCGAUAUGUGAGAGGUACAAAGAGUAUAUGGAUGAGCAGUGGGCUCUGGACGACCUGGAAGAAGAAGAGCUUAAACGCGAGCUCGCAGCCGACGCUUUACUCGACGCCAACACAUCUCAUCCUGGCUCACCACGCCCGGACUCUCCUCUUCCACACGACACCACCCACGACUCUGACACCGGAGCAGAUGGAGAUGCAGACGAAGAAGCACGUGAGCGAGAGGCGCGUAAAGAGGCGAAGAGGUUGGCGAAGAAUGAAGCUGAUCGAGCGAGGAGGAGAAGGAUCAAGGCCGAGAAGGAUGCGGAGAGGGCGAGGGAGAAUGAGAGGAAGAGUGGGUCGCGGGCGCCAGGAGCGAAGGAUGGAGACGGUGCUUCGGCAAGGGGGUCGAGGGCGGGUUCUGUGAAGGAGGGGACGCCAGCGCCCGUACCUUUGAGCUCGCCGAUACAACCACAGGUGACGGCUGGCUCACCUCCGCCACCUCCUCGAGCGCAACUCCCUUCGCAACUCCCACCGCAUCAGCCUCCAACACCUGCGUCAACAUCCUCGAGUCAUGCUUCAGCCCCUCCACCUGCACAGCCUCAACCGCGACCAACUAUGUACACCUCCGACCUGUCACAGAUCGAAGACGAGGACUUGCGCCGCGAUAUCGAAGCCGAGCGUAAGAGAGAGGCUAAACGGCAAGCGAAGAACGAGGCGGACCGUGCCAGGAGGAGGAGGUUGAAGAUUGCGAAGGACAUGGCGAAGGAUGAGCAGUUGCAGGCUGCUAUUGCUGCUGCGACGGAAGGAGGCGGAGGAGGUGGUCCAGUCAAUACAAGUCCUAUGGCGACCAUGUCUGUGUUCGAUAGUCGUAUGCAAAAGGUUGGGGUGCGUGACGAAGGACAAGAUCGAGCAGGGGAGGAUACACCUAUGGACACUACAUAG